AAUUUACAUUUUUGAAAGAGAUCAAACAGAAUCAAUGCACAUGCAACUGCACUUGCAUUCCAUUAAUCAGCACAGCAACAUCAGCAAAAUCAUCAUCCACUCGCCCUUUUGUGGAAGAAGCGACAAGCAAUCCUGCAACUUUGCAAACCGACGAAACUAUCAAAGAGUAUUCUGAGCAGCAUACAGAAACAAAAACAACAGCCUCCGUUGCGGAUUCAUCCACAUCCUUAAGCAGCAAAGCAUCUGAAGAAAAUUUUGAUUCCACGCCAACACCACAUACAAUAAGCAUGAAAAUUGCAUAUGAAUCUCCAAUGAAAACACUACAAACCUCUCAAUCGAUUUCACCUCAUUCGAAACCGGAAACAUCAUCUUCGCCAUUUGCAACAACUCAAAUUUCACAUGGAACAAGCGCUGAAAAAGUGGAAGGAGUCGUGGAAUAUAGUAAACUGGAAGAAAAAGGAGAAUCGACAAUUCCCGAAGAAAGCCUGACUUCGAUUUCAGCUCAUACGGAGAAAGCUGUGGAAACAUCACCAUCGCCACUUGUAUUGCUGACAACAACUCAAAUUUCACAAGAAACAAGCGUUAAAAAGGUAGAAGGAGUCAUGGAAUAUAAGAAAUUAGAAGUAAAAGAGGAAUUGGCAAUUCCGGAAGAAGUCCUAUCGUCCACAGCCCAUUCAGAGCAAGCUGAUCGGAGCACAUCGAUUUCACAGGAUUGGAAAGAGGAUGAUCAUUUGUCGUUGUCAGCUGUAACAUAUUCAGGUGGAAGAUAUCGUGAUGACACAGAAAUCGCAUUGGGAGCAUCGGUGCCAUCAGCGAAGAAAAAUCAUGAAUUAUUCACAGGGGUUAGACUGCUGCCUACCAAUGAAAAUUUAAUGCAGAUCACGCCAUCAAUCGAAGAACUGCUGGUUGGAUCAGCGUCGCAAGGAAUUUCAUCAACAGCCUUUUUGGCAACAACGAAAUUUCAAGAUGAGAAAAAAGAUGAAGAAAAGUUUGGAAAAGAAGGACCGGAAGAAGGCCUGACGUUACCCUCUGCACAUGAAGGGCAAGCUGAUCUUGUAGAAUCGAAUUCGUUGCAUUCGAAACCGGAAGCAUCGUCUUCGCUAUUUGUACUGCUGAAGACAACUGAAGCUUCACAUGGGACGGAAUUUGAACAAAAAGUUGGAAAAGGAGAAACAACAAUUUCGAAAGAGAAAAGCUUGACGUCAUCUUCACCACAUGAAAAGCAAGCUGAUUUUUCGGAAUCGAUUUCAUCGCAUUCGAAACAGGAAGCAUCAUCUUCACCAUCUGUACUGCUGAAAACAACUGAAGUUUCACACGGAACAGAAAGUGAAGAAAGGGCUAAAAAAGAAGGAGAACCGGUAACUCCGAAAGAGGAAGACCUGACGUCGUCUUCAGCCCAUGCAGAGAAAACUGAUCUUGGUCAAACAAUUUCACAGCAUUCGAUUUUGGAAACAUCAUCAUUGCCAUUUGUGUUACUGAGAACGACUCAAAUCAUAGAAAAAGAUGACGAAGAAAAGUUUGAAAAAGAAGACCUGGUAUAUAAGAAAUUGGUAGAAAGAGGAGAAACGGCAAUGGUGGAAGAAGAUGGCCUUAGGUCAAUUUCAGUUCAGGCACAGCAGGCUGAUCUCGGUCAGUCAAUUUCACCAUAUUCAAAACUGAGCGCAUCAUCUUCAAUACCUGUAUUGAUUACGGCAACUCAAGUUCCGCGUGAAGGCGAAGAAAAAAAGCUUGAAAACGAAACAGAAGGCAGUUUGAAGCAUAAAAUAAUGAAGACGGAAAAUUCGAGCAUAGUGGAACGAGAAAGACGAUAUGGAACAAGAAUACUUUCAACAUCUGAAAUCGUCCCAAAAAAGAUGAAAUUCGGAGAAAAACUCCUUGAUAUUGCAAACAAAACAGAUUCCAAUGAUAUUUACAUUCGUAAUCAUUUGCUAACGUCAACACCAACAAUAGUGUACUUGCCAACUUGGAGCAAUGAAUUACAAACUAGCAUGAUUUCUGUAACAGAUGUUUCAGUAGUUAACGAACGAUUAGAAGAAAUUUUUGAGAUGAAUAGAACACAGGAAGAAUCAAUAAAUAUAUCGGAAAAUGAUAAGAGAAAAGAAACAAUAUCCAGUGAUUUAACAAUCAACUCCAUGGAUACUAAUAGUUAUACACCAUCUGAUGAAGAGACUAAGGUAGUAUUGACAAAAUCAAGAUCAACGAUCAAAGCAUCAGGAGAGAUUGAUCAAGAAAUUGUUGCAUCAAGCACUAACGAAUACAUACCAGAUGGGAAGAGAAUAACAACUGAAACUGACUGGAAUGAAACAAUGGCAGAAGUUAUACCAUUCAAAUCAAAAACCUUGAUUCCGUUACAGCAGUUGAUUAGUACUGUGGUUCCCAGUGUUAAGUCUAGUACUAGUGAAACUACGGUACAAAAACGAAAAGAGGAAAUUAGUACUAAUGUAAAUGGAACAAGCAUUGAGGAGGUUAAACAAGAAUGGCGGGAAGCGAUGAAAUUAUUGGAAGUAUUUCGUAAGCAAUUGCAAACUUUUGAAGAAAAUAUGAAACAAAUGAUGCAUAAAAAGAAUGCAAUAGAUGAAAAGAGACGAAAAAAUCGUAGAAACAGAAAGGCGAAUAAUACUAACAUUUCUGGUAGUGGUAGGAGAAGAAAUGGACAACAGCGCCCUGUUCAAUUUGAGAACAAAGAAAAAAAAGCGGAAAAGCUGCUUUCUGCUAAUUGGGAUUUUAAUGAUAGCACCGAAAAGCAUAGACAAUUGGAAAACAGAAUGAUUUCAAAUGUUACUGAAUCUACGAUGGAUUUCAAAUCCGGUGAAUUAAACAGUAAUAUCAGUUUGGAAAGUAAGAACAUUGUCGAAAACAAUUCACAAAAAUCUGUCUCUAUAAAGGAAACGGAAAAUUUUAAAACAACAAAUAAUCCUUUGGAAACACAAACGAAAGUAUUGGAAGAACAAAAACAUGAAAUAUUUAUGGAAAGAGAAAAUGGAAAAUAUAAUGAUGAAGAAGAAGUGGGAAAAGGAGAGAUGAAAUUAAGAAAAAAAAUUGGAGAAAAAAAGGAAGGAAUUAAUGGACCGAUACUAUAUACUACUAGAUUACAGGAAGAGAAAGCACGUUUAGAAGAAGCACGUCGUUUACGUGAAGAGCAAAUGGAACUAAAGAAGCAACAAGAACUUAAUAAUGGUCUUGUUAAUAAUGCUCAACUGGAACGACAGGCACAAAUAGCUCAACAACUGGAACAACUUACCGAGAAUGAAAGACAACAUCGUGAACAACUUGAACGAGAAGAACGGAUAAGGAAUGCCAUGAUGAAACAUCAUAUGAUCACAUCUUCCGUUGACACUUCUUUAGCCACUCUAAACGAUGUAACAACACUUUCGGAAUCUAAUAAUCAUAUCAUCACAAUUGGUGAUGAAGGUUUGGUACCUUCGACACAAUGUUUGUUGAUCAGGAAAUUUAUCAAAGUAUUCGCUAUUGGCGAUCCGGUUGAAUGGAUUCGUGCAAAUUGUCCGAUUGCCAAAAUUUAUUUCCCGGAAGAAAAUUGUGAACAUGUGCAGAAAUUAUUCAAAUCCUGUUUUUAUUAG